AUGGCGGCGACUUCUCCUUAUGCUCCUCCUCUUAUCACCACGACCCAUUUAUCCAAACCCCAUUAUUCCGCAGCCAGUAAAAUUCAAAAACUUUCAUCUUUCCACAAUGAAACACGAAAUGCCAUUUCCAUUAAUUUUACGGGGUGCUGCAAAAUUCCUGUUUUGGGCAGAACUUGCCGGAAUUAUAGAAAAAGGUUCAAUCUUUCAGCAUUAUCUUCUUCGUCCGGCAACAGGGUGGAGGUCGUAGAGAUACACGGAGCUCCUAACGGAUACCAAAAUGAGGAUGAACAACUGAUAGUAGUUAAUUUUUACAGAUUCGUGUUUGUAGAAAACCCUCGAGAGGAUGUUUCUAAACACCUCGCUUUCAUGCAGGGGCGGGAUAUACAUGGUCGUAUAUACCUGAACGAGCAAGGGAUUAAUGCUCAGUACAGUGGGCCAUCUAAAGAUGCCCUAGCAUAUGUUAAAUGGGUUAGGGAAGACGACAGGUUUUCUGACAUGUUGGUUCAGACAUCUCCAGCUAUAAAUGGCCAUGCAUUUCCGAAAUUGAAGCUGCGUUAUAAGCCAUCACUCGUGCAGUUGGAAGAGGGAACUUCACAUCUACCUUUGCUCGAUCGGUCAAUGAGAGCUACAUCCCUUACACCAUUUGAAUGGAGGAACAGGCUGGAAACAGUUAAUAAGACUGGUAACUCAUUGAGUAGAAAGAACACCAAGAUCAUUCUACUCGAUGUGAGAAAUGGUUAUGAAUGGGAUGUUGGUCAUUUCCAGGGGGCUCAACGUCCUAAUGUUGAUUGCUUCCGGAGCACUUCCUUUGGACUAUCUGAGCCAGAGGUUGCAGCUUCAGAUCCUUUGGGGGCAGUUGAUAAAGAGAACACAGAUAUAUUGAUGUACUGUACAGGAGGAAUUCGCUGUGAUGUAUACUCAACAAUGCAUAGGCAGCAGGGUUUUAAAAGACUGUAUACUUUAAAGGGAGGUGCCUCUCAUUACCUCGCGAAUGAAGGUUGUGCUGGAUGGAUUGGCAAUCUGUUUGUGUUUGAUUCGCGCCUUUCUCUACCACCAUCAACCUACAAUUCUGAAAUCAGUGCUGAGGCAAGUGGAAAAAAGGCAGAUGUGAUUCAGCCAUUUGCUAAAUGCUACAUAUGUGAGUCUCAAGUAUCUGAGUUGAGGCACCGAAAUUGCGCCAAUCUGGAUUGCAACUUGCUCUUUCUGUGUUGCUUGAAAUGUGUGGAUGGUUUGAGAGGGUGCUGCUGCAUUAAGUGCACAUCUGCAGCUUGGCUUAGACCCGUGCUACAAGGGCACCAGAGAUACGAAAAGUGGCAUAAAUAUCGACAUCUCGAGUCGAAAAUUGCAAUGCCAGUGAAGAACUUGUCCCGAGUUUUAUCAAGUGUCGACUGUUGA